AUGCCCAGUGCAUUUAAGGAAUUCACAAGAUCUGUGGUCCAGGAGAUGGAUUCUGGAGGGGAUAUGAUUCCUGUCAGAAGCAUCAGUGAUGCUGAUAGAUUCCACUGUUUCUGGUUGGUGAGGAAGAAAAGAACUUUCCUGGGAAGUCGGUACUACAAGACAGACCUUACUUUGGCUGACAUACUGGAGGGAGAGGAGGGUGAAAGUCUGUCUGAUGAACUGGAUUCUGCAUGCCAAGGUCAAAAGUCUAAGUUCCAAAUGGAGGACCAUGUGGACUCAAAGAGAAAGCUGACCGUGAAAUGGAAAGGAAUAGAAAUCGAAGGCAGCUUCCAGGUGUCUCAUAAGUGGAAAACCGAGCUUCUGAAGAACCAGAUAUCCCAGCAAUAUCUGAAUACUCUUCAGAACAGGAAGCUGAAAAGGGGACUGCCCCCUUCAUUUCAAUCAAUUCGUGCAACAAGGGCAGACUUGUAUCUGGUAACGGAAACUCUGGAGACAACAAAGAAGCAACUCCUGACAAACCCUAAAAAGCAAUAUAAACUUCAGAGUCAGAUCUUUCAGGGCAGUAUCGACUAUGAACAUAACGAACAGCUAAUGAUCCUGGGAGGCAGGGAUUGUGGGCCAACCAGCCAGCGUUGGCCACUUCCUAAUCUAGGGAAAGUGACCAUCCCCCCCAAGUCGGUUGUGGGCUAUCGAGUAAAGCAGCUCGUUUUUCCCAACACGGAGAGGAUGAGUGUUUACUUCGGGGACAAAACAAAAUCCUUUCCAGAAGGAAGGUCCUUGGAGUCAGACGAUUCCACAAAGCCCUUGCAUUUGGAGGAUCCCAGCAACAUAAAGGAGAGGGUGGAAGACAUGGUGAGCGGUCUCCAUGAUCUGACUGAGGUGGAGCAAAAAGAGGUGCUAAGCUCCCUAAUGCAGUGCCUCAGCGAGGAUGGGCAUCUGGAGGAUCUACAGGAAAGAGUGUUUGAGACCCUGGUCUCUGGUGAGCUGCAGAUGGAAGGCUCAUCAGGGCCUCUGCUAAGCAGCCUUUUUAAUACUGCUGGGAUCUUGUUGAAAGCGCCUGCCGAAACCAUUCUGGACCUCCUGGAUGCCUUGAUAGAGCUACCUGAGGAGAAGCAGUUUGUGGUGGAGGCCCUGAAGAAAAGGAUCCUGCCUCAGUUGAAGGAUCAGGUGAGACAGCCUGGGCUGAGGACCACGGUGGAGCAGAUCUUCAAUAAUCAGGCCAGCAAUCCUCAUGACAUGAGCUGGGACACGGAGGCAUCAGACUUGUGUGCUCUCUAUGUUGCUGUCUCCAUUCUGCUGCAGCUGUCUAAGGAGCACACCUCUGUCUCUUCCUAAUCACAAAAGGCCUAACCAUUUUCCCCACAGGCUUCUGCAUUUUUCCCUCCCCAUCUUCAGCCCAUCCUCAGCCCAUCCUCAUGGCUACUACCAUCACUACCAUCUUUCAUCAGCAGGAACUCUUUAAUACAAGCCUCUGACCAUCCUUUGAUACUUCUCA